AAAUGAAUUUUUGAAUUUAAAAAUUAGUUUCUCCAUUGUAUCUGCCACAGAACAAUAAAAACAGAUCUGCUAUAAUAUCAUGUCUCCAAGUCCAAAUUCUAGUUUAGUACAACGUACUAUAGAUUUAAAUUAUGCAAAUAAAAAACGUUCGGAAUCAUUGAAAUGGAUAGCAUUGAAUGCUGUGCUGCUGUUGGUGUUUGUUUAUGAUUUAUCCUGCAAAUGUCCGGGCUACACAUCAGCCAUGCACUAUGUGGAGUUGGGGUGUGCCGUGGUGUUUGCUGCCAACUUGAUACAAUACGCUACAUACCUCCUGCCAGCUAGUACAACUCCUGUUACACUCUCCAAAGAACAACUAAAGUUAUUAGGUCUUUCUGAUGCAGAUUUAGAUUCGUCAUUUGUGGUGUCGGAGCGAAACGGCAGUCUAUCGGGUGCGAGCGAGUCUGCGGAGUGGUCGGUGAGCGACGCCGACCUGUCGCUGUCGCCGCGUGCGUGGCGCUCCGCCCCGCCCUCGCGCUCCGCCACGCCCCCCUCACCGCCCUCCCCCCACUCCCCGCACUCGCCCCCCCACACCCCGCACUCCCCCGGCGCCACCGUGCGGGCGUUCGACGCCACGCAGGACCGCUUCAUCGACGACGCUCAGUCUCUAGCCGCCUACCUCAAAAGGCGCGCAGAGUUGGAGGAGGCGGACGCGGACUCGAGCGCGAUGGCAGUGGGGGGGUGGUCGUCGCCGGCGAGCGCCCCGUACCGCCUGGCAUCGGCGGCCGCGACCGCCGCGCCCGAGAGCAGCGCGCCGGCCGGGGCGGAGGCGCACCUGCAGUUGGACGGGCAGCGACUCACGCAGUGGAACCUCAACCUGCGGCGCUGGCUGCACGCUACCGUGCUAGAGCGGCUGGUGCGCGAGCUGGCGGCGGCGGACGCGGCGCUGGCGCGCGCCGGCCUUGCCGAGACUGGCGCGCUGCGGGCGGGCCGCGUGCCGCCGCAGCGCAUGCGCGCCGCCGCCGCCGCGCUGCCGCAGCUGCGCCCGCUGCUGCCCUUCCUCGAGCCCUUCCCCGACCAGACCUACCUCGUCCGCCGCAUCACAGAGCUGGCGACGGGCGGAUGCCUCAGCGCGUACCGCUGGGACGGCGGCGGGGCAGGCUGGACAUCGGCGCACCCCACCGACGCCGACCUGCUGCUGCACCUGUUCGCCACCUACCUCGACAGCCAGACGCCGGGCGGCGCCGGGGGCGGCGGUGCGGGCGCGGCGGCGGGCGAGUGGCUGGAGGGCGCGGGCGGGCCGGGCGUGGUACGCGUGCGUGCGCGGCCGCCGCAGUUCGCGCUUCGGCUGGGCGGCGCGACGCUGGCGGUGGGCGGCGGCCGCAACAACCUGCUGCACGCGCUGUUGCUGCUGCUGGCGGCGGCGGCGCGCCGCGACCCGCCGGCGCUGCGCCGCCUGCACCUCGGCCCCGCCGGUCUCAACAUGCUGUGGAUCAUCGGACGGUGACUGCGUUGAUCGCUCAGUUGUUAUACUAGUUGUAACAAAACUAUCGAUACUAAUAUUAUAAGUUUUGAAAGUGUGUCUGUCACACAAGGCAACCUCUUUACGCCUCAACCGAUAAAUCGAUUUAACUGAAAAGAUAUGGAAAUAUGCUAAGUCGCGGUAAAGGACAAUGGGAUAUUUUGUAUCCCGGAAAAAUGUGCGGUUACAACGCAAAUAACGAAUGUUGGCGCAACGGAGUUGCGGUCGUCAUCUAGUGUUCUAGUGUAAUAAUACUUGAGGGUGUGCAUUGCCCUUGCUAGUUGCUAUGCUACCAUUAUGCUAAGUAGUAAGUUCUCACAUACGGUUUUAAUUGAUCGAGCAAUCACGUAGAGUAAAAACCAGGGCUUGGGAUUUUGUCUGUAGCUUUACUCCAAAUCGAGUAAAAGUUAUCGUGUGGACACCAAAACUCACACGCUGGAGUAAAGCUCGACAGCUCGCGUCGAGUAAGUUUGAAGGAAAUUGGAUUUAUUUAUUCCAUCGAACCUUCGAGCUGUGACUUGUGAGUUUUGCGGU